AAGGCACUGGGCCAGACGCCCUCACCCACGGGAGCGAGCUCGCUGGGCGAGACAGGAGGAGGCCGUGCCCAUGGGGUCUCAGCAACCGUGGCUGGCUGCCUUGUACCUGCUGGGGGUGCUGGUCUCCGUCACUUCCUGCUCCCCGUGGCCCCACUGGGACAACUCAAGUUUCCAGGUGAAGCUAACAGGUUCCAACUCACGGUGCCAGGGCCUGCUGGAAGUCCACUUGUGGAAGACAUGGAGGACAGUUUGCAGCCAGAGCUGGGGCCGGAGCCCAGACCAGCAUGAGGACCCCAGUCAGGCCUCGAGAGUCUGCCAGAAUCUGCGCUGCGGGGCGGCCUUCAAUCUGGCCCCCUCUGCUCACUUCAACAAACCCAAGAACCAAGUCAUCUGCCGUGGACCCCUGGGAUCCUUCUCCAACUGCAGCUUUGGGGCAAACCAGUGCCACCCUCUGAGCCUCAUCUGUUUAGAGCCCCAGACGACCCCCACAACCCCCACGCCCACAACCACGCCAGAGCCCACAGCCCCUCCCAGGCUGCAGCUGGUGGCAGGGCCCUGGGGCCUGCACUGUGCCGGUGUGGUGGAGUUCUACAGCGGCAGCCUGGGGGGCACCAUCAGCUAUGAUGACCAGGAGAGCAUCUGGAGCCUGGGGAACCUCAUGUGCCUAGCUCUCCGGUGUGGCUCCUUCUUGAAGCAUCUGCCACUACCAGAGGCCGAGGCAACCAGGGCACCAGACCCAGGAAAGCUCUGGGAACACAGGCCCUUGCCAAUUCAGUGGAAGAUCCAGAACUCCAGCUGCGCUUCCCUGGAACAGUGCUUCAGGAAAAUCCGGCCCCAGGAGAGAGGCCAAGUUCUUGCCAUCGUCUGCUCGGGUUUCCAGCCCAAGGUGCAGAGCCGCCUGGUAGGGGGCAGUGGCGUGUGUGAAGGCACUGUGCAGGUGCGCCGGGGCACGCAGUGGGCACCCCUGUGUGACAGCUCUCCACCCAAGGGCACAGCACGGUGGGAGGAGGUGUGCCAGGAGCAGCAGUGUGGCAGCGUCAAUUCCUAUCACAUGCUGGACGUCGGUGAGAAGACCUCCCAGGGGUUCUCCUGUUCCCAGGAGAAGUUGUCCCAGUGCCACGAGCUCUGGGAGAAAAAAGCCCACUGCAAGAGGGUGUUUGUCACAUGCCAGGAUCCAAACCCAGCGGGCGUGGCAGCGGGCACUGUGGCAAGCAUCGUCCUGGCCCUGCUGCUCCUGGCAGUGUUGCUGGUUGUGUUCGGCCCCCUGGCGUACAAGAAGCUGGUGAAGAAAUUCCGCCAGAAGAAGCAACGCCAGUGGAUCGGCCCCACAGGAAUGAACCAGAAUAUGUCUUUCCAUCGCAACCACACGGCCACUGUCCGGUCCCAGGUUGAGAACUCUACGGCCUCCCAUGUGGACAAUGAAUACAGCCAGCCUCCCAGGAGCUCUUAUGCGUCCGCUUAUCCAGCUCUAGAAGGGGCCCUACAUCGCUCCUCGACCCAGCCUGACAACUCCUCCGACAGUGACUACGAUCUGCACGGGGCUCAGAGGCUAUAAGAGAACUGGGAGCCGGGAACAAAACACCAAGAGCCAGACAGAUUUGUCCUGAGAAAACUCUGCAGUCACUACUUGGAAAUGUCAUCCUGAUUUCUACUCCCAGACAGAAUGUGGGCAGAGGCCAGGGUGCCUUUCACACACGGGCUGCUGCCCUUCGGGGGCAGGAGGGCUCUCACACCCACCACUGAACGGACAGCUCAGACAGAUAUUCCAAGUGACAAAGCUGGGGAGAGCAGAAACAGGCAGCCCUUCCAAGUAGAGACUCAGGGGGUCCCUUUCCUAACCCAGGCAGCAGCCCCCUUCCCCUGUCUGAGGGGAAUAGCACACCAGCAGAAUCCAGCUUUCUUCUCCGACUUGCAUCCUGAUAAGGAAUGACAAGGAAGCUCACACCUGGGCUAGUGCAUUUUUUAAUAUGUUCUUUGUAAAUAAUGCUUUUUGUACUUCCUGAGAGCACUUUGGCGUCUUCUGCCCACAGUCUACUCCUGUGUAUCAGAAAAACCUCCGGAGAAGCUCUGCAGCCAUCAAGGUCAGAGGCUGCACACAUGUGCACAGACAGCUUAGUACAUUGACAGCAUCUUCCAGCCAGGGUGUGUGUGGGCUGUGUAGCGCCCUAGUGCCCCACCCACUGCACCCCUCACUUGAAGGCAUCUUCCACUGGCUGUCAAGGUCUCAAAGCACAGGUGCCACACCAAGGCCAUGCACAAAGGGGACAUCUAGUAAAUCCUGACCAGUUUGGUUUGUUGUUUCACUUGGGAGUCCCAACUUAAAGGUAGUUAUAGCCAAUCACACCCAACCUUCUAACCCAGAGUCAGAGAACUCUGUCAUUUCAGAGAAAUGUCAUUUCAAUGUACACUCUUGGCAAACAAUUUAGGAACUGCCUCUUCUUCUUUUCCUUUAAAAAUUGAAUCUAUACUCCUGGGUUUAGUCUUUAAGCUUGGCCCAAACUCUAUACUUGUUUUUCCUUAGCUGCUUUUAAGGUGGACACUAGGACCCUAGGGAGCAGCACAGAGGGAGAGGCAGUGCCAGGGACCAGUAAGGCUGAAGGAGCUUAGUGACUCUGCCCUUCUCUGCAUGACCUGGCCCUGUAUCUACUGGGGACACAGAUGUCAAUGGGCCAAGCCAACAAAGCUAAUUCUGGAAGAGUAAAGGGGGGGUCACCAGACAGGUGCAGGGGGAGGAGGACUCCAGAAGACCACCAGCAUGCAGAAGAGUCUGGUAAGCGCUCUGCCCCCAAUAUCUCCAACCAGCCCUUCCGUUCUAAAAGCCCAGGUGGUCACAGAUUGUCCCCUCCGGGCUGUGACGCAUUUGCCUUCCCCUACUUGGUGGAAGAAACAGAGAGAAAAGGCUGCUUUGAGACAGGGCAAAGGAGUGAGGCACCUGACGCCUCCUGUCAGUGCCUUUCUGAUGAAAGCUCUUUAAUCUAUAGCUCAGCCACCGUACAGCAGCCUUGAAGCAACCAUGGCCUACUUAAAAACCAACUAAAAAAGGAAGCUUAGUUCAGGAGAAAAGAGUCUUAAGAAAAUUAUCUUUCAAGAGGUAGCAGACUUGGGUGAUGCUUUUCAAUAAGAUCUCUUGGGUUACACAACCAAGUAGGAGCCACUCCAGUCCUCAAGGUGCCUUGGUCAAGUUCCUACCUGGGCUGGUAGACCAGCCCCUGUAUCACCCACCACACCACCCACAGUGUAGAAGGUGCCCUGCUGUGAUUCCUGCACCCUGGCCUCCUGCAAAGAAGAGCAGAGCCCCCUCCCACCCAUUCAGUGAGCAACCCACUGAGGCAGCUCAGGACAGUCCUUUCUUAGUCCCUCAGUUCUCCCAAUACCACUCUGGCACCAACCCAAAGCAAGUGACUUAACUAUGCACCCAAAGUGAGCUUUGCAGCUUGUUCCUACAAAGCCAAGUUGCUUUCAGCUCUCCCUGGUGUCCUGUGUCCUGAGUCCUGGAUAUUUGCAAGGCAAGGCCAGGGCAAAGUAAAAGAGCCUCUUGCUGCAGAGCUGGCUGCAGGAGGACAGUCUGGAGCCUGGUGAUUCUCAGCUGUGUCCUGGGGACAGACUUCUGGGCCACAGCGGCAGGGCACUUGGGGCCAAGUCCCACGUCUGCCCCCAUGCUGUGCACCCUGGUCACUGAACCACCUGCCCUAUGGUUCCCCCACCUUUUUAAACUGAGAAUAAAAGGUAUUGAGAGGACUGAAGGAGAUAAUGACACACCACGUGAGUAUUCAGUACUAAUGGUUCUGGGCAUCGUGUGUGCGUGGCUGCCCUUGUCACUGUGCAGAGAAGGAAAGGUAGAGGGUCUGUUAGAAUCCUGGUCUCCCAACUUCCUCAAAGCCUCCCUCAUUACUGAACAUGCCACGUAGACACUUCACCUUUCCUGCUGAAGCUGCAGAUGCCCUCCUAGGCCUCAGGGGAACCAGCUCAGCAGCAGAGCUCUCUGGCGACACUGGGAGGGAUGCAAGCUGGGCCAGCACGGAAGACAUGCUGGUGCCACAGCCAGUGUCUGGCCCGCAGCCCCUUUGACCACGCCAUGCAAUGCCAGGUUAGAAGAUGAAUGUCCUGCCAGCCUGCGCGUGGCAGGAAUACAGGCACCUCCCAUGCCAGGCUAAGGACCGGACGCCCCCUGGUGGCACCCGUGGCCUUGCAUGCCACAGCUCUGGGUCCAGGACACAGCAGCCAUGAAAAUGGCUAGGGAGGAAAACACAAGAACAGGAGAAGAACAGGGAAUUCUAAGAGCCAGGCCCUGGGGCAGAGGAGCAGGUGAGAAACGACACCCAGAC